UCAUAGGGUGGAGCCGGGGCGCUCUGGGUCACAGGGAGUCCAUUCAUGGCGUUCCAACUGGUGGAGGUGUGAGGUCACACUGUGAGCUGCUGUUAUGCUCUGACCAGAGGCAGGAGGGAGGAGAAGCAGUGAGGAGGAGGACGAGGAGGUCCGGCACUUCACCACGGACCAGAGGACACCACACUGGGUUCAGUCUGCACUGGAUCCUUCUCCCAGACGGCAACACAAUGAUGGGGUUCGAGUCUCUGUCUCCAUUAGGCUGGAGCAGAGCUGGGAGGGGUGUGCUGGAUCCUGAGCUGACCGUCAUGCCUCAGAGGAAGAGUGGCUCAGCGGCUGCCAAGACGAUGGAGAGAAGAGCCCAGAGGAGAAGAUCCAAAAAGCUGCCUGUGAUCUCCAGGUCCCUGAUCCCGUGCCGUUCAGACACCAAUGAUGACGGCCCCAGUCCAGAUGACAGACGUCGCAAGGCUGCCUUAGCGGGCUGCAGGACGUUUGGGCCAUGCUGGAGGACAGACCUUACUGCUGAGGACUCAACCGAGUACCACGAGGCAGAGAAGCAGCGCUGGAGAACGUCCCGGCAGACAGCCCAGAACACUAUAGGAGGUCCAGAGGAUGCACAACAGCUGUGUUUCCGCAAUAAAAGGAGGAUGAAGGGCUCCUUCAGCAUAAAGGACAGUUGCAUCUGGAGGAUGUGUGUUGCCACAGGAAUGGCUGAGGAGAUGUGUGCAGCAGCAACAGCUGAUAACAAUGUCCAGACCCGCAUUCAGGCCAACAGGAAUUCAGGCAGCCCACACAGGGAUUCCAGCUUUGUGAAUCCAGACCAGCUGGCAUCCUUUAACAGAAGCUAUCUAAAUGACUGGGACCAAAUGAAGAGCGUUCAUGUUCAAGCCUUCAGUGAGGACAUUUCCACAGAGGAUGACACUGUCUCUUCACACAGUUUGAUGAGUGCUCAGCAUCCUGCUCUGGUCUCAUCUGACCAUUUUCGACAGUCCACCUAUACACAAGAAGACGGUGUGGCCAACACCAACCAGCUGAAGUUUUCCAUUCCAGAGGAAAAUGAGAGGUUUUGGGACUCCGACAAGUCAGAGGACAGCGCACCAGGACAGGCGGCCCACCACCGGACACCUUCCAGUUCAGCUGGUGUUCAUCCAUACUGGAUUGGGGAUCUGGACAGUAUCAUCAUGAAUUUUCAAGAGCCAUGCAGGAACCAUCCCCAUGGGUCCAGUAGACUUCAUGGAAACAGGAAGUCUCUUUCUCAACUGUUACAUGUUCCGCGGAACACAACACAGCAUCCUCCUCGAUCGCUUAGCUCCGGCCACCUGAUGCAUUCCUGCAGCAACAUGCAGGCCUUCGUCAUCUGCAGCAUUGUGCUGAUGAAGGGUCACGGCAAGGGUUUGGGCUUCAGUAUUGUGGGUGGAAUGGACAGUUUGUGUGGACCAAUGGGAAUCUAUGUCAAGACCAUUUUCUCUGGAGGGGCAGCAGCAGAGGACGGGCGUCUGCAAGAGGGAGAUGAGAUCCUUGAACUAAAUGGAGAGUCACUGCAUGGUCUAAACCACGAUGAAGCCUUGCAGAAGUUCAAACAAAUCAAAAAGGGUUUAUUGACUCUGGUGGUGAGGACCAGUCUCCACGUGGAAUCCCUGUGUGCAGAGGUUCAGGUAGCCCAGCUGUGCCACACACGUUCGCUGACUUCCACGGCAGCCACGUCCAGGCUCAGUGCGGACUUUGGAGACUACAGCGGCCUGAGCAGCACUGUGACGGCUCAGCUCGCAAAACCUAGAGACUGUGUCAUGGUGGAGAUUAUCCUGUACAAAGAAGCUGGUGUUGGUCUGGGUGUUGGACUCUGCUGUGUUCCCUCUGCUGCUGGCUGUUCUGGGAUCUACAUCCACACUCUCUCUCCUGGAUCUGUAGCACAGAUGGACGGUCGACUGCGGUGUGGGGAUGAGAUCAUUGAGAUCAACGACACGGUGGUUUACAGCAUGACCCUGAAUGAUGUCUACACAGUCCUAAGCCAGUGUUCCCCAGGUCCAGUCCACAUCAUCGUUAGUCGACACUCUAAUCCCAAAAUAUCAGAGCAGCAGCUGAAAGAUGCCAUCACCCGAGCAGUGGAAAACAGCAAACGGAGGAACGAGCACAGUCAGUGGAGUACGGACGGUUUCCACUGGCUGCGGUCCUCUCACUCCCGACUGCACUGUGAUUGUUUCCCGGACAGACGUUGCAUGGUACUGACUGUCCGAAGACCACAGAAGGUCAUGACCCGCUCCAGCAGUGACAACACAAACAGCCUUCAUCGCAGUCGCUGCCUCACCAGUCACAACUAUCACAGCUCUCUGCACCACCCAACAUCCCGUGUCCACAGUCUGGGCACACCUGAGUCCAGCUCCAGGGUCCAGGAAGCUCCACGCUGGUACUGCCAGUCCCAGGAUGUGGCCGGUGAGGAAGGCUAUGCUGGAAACUCCAGUGGCUCCAGCAGAGGAUUGCCAGUCGGAAGGAAUGAAGUGGACCCACCAUCACACAGCAGCUGUCAGCAGGAAGCAGCCAACGAGACCGGAGGACACUCCGAGAGAACCCGUCCGGACGCUGCAGCUGGAGACAGUCUGCAUACAGGUGCUUCAUCAGUGCUGGUUUGCUUCCAGCCCAGGAGAGGAGCUCUGAGGAGGCAGACACGGAUCCAACAACAGCAGCUUCCUGAUCCCUGGGUCCCACUGUCACAGUCACCAGAGGUCCAGAUGGAAACCACACCACUGAGUGAACCCCUGUGCCAGCCUGUCAGCAUGAAUGAUGACAACAGGAUGGCCCCGGGUGACACUUCAAAUCCACUGUCCACUCCAAGUCCACAAAACCACACCACACCAGAGUCAAAGAAGGGCCCCCCGGUGGCACCAAAGCCGGCCUGGUUUCGACAGAGUCUGAGAAAAAUUCACAAUGUGCAGGACCAGAAAGAUCAGAGCCCAACUCUCCAAUGUGGCACCACCUUCAGUGUUAGUCCCAGAUCUGCUUCAUCUGCAGCUGGCCUGUCAAUCAAACAAAAGAUCCACUCAUUUGAGAUCUUUGCCAAUCAAAGCAGUCCACAGAAGGGAGGCAACAGGAAGAUUGUGACCCCAUCCACCUCACUUCCUGUGAUGAAUAAAGAUCCCAGGAGUCAGUCUGCUGCACCGGCUGAUGAGAAAAGCAGAAACACCAUCUCCAAUCAGAAUCAGAACGGUGACUCCAUGCCUUCAACUAUGAUAGCUACUUCCUGUGAUGCUGAACCCCCCUCUGAUUCUGAAUCAGAGGAGGAAGAAUCACUGCUCGUUCCACUCAGUGAUGUCGCAAAUGUUCUCUGUGCCAGUGCGGAGCAUGACAGACCUGACUUCAGUGCAACCACAGAGUCCGGCUUAACACAUCCAGAUCUGUCCUCUUACAGUUCCAGUCCAACUGCGAAACCUGCAGAUGGAAAUGAAAGAGAUGUGAGUCUAAAUCAUCCAGAAAGUCCCACUGUGGAGGACGAGUGUUUGGACAAAGUCCUCGCCUUCAGUAACCAGGUUUCACAGGCAUUGAUGCGGAGUCUACCCAUGAACCCGUGCAGUCCAAGCCACAGUGACACUCUGUCACUGGACCGUCAAGGUCUGUGGACUUCUGACACUGACAGAGGAUUCUCGGUCAGUUUGGCCAAACUAACAAAGUGCAGCCAUAACCUAGAACAUGAGGACUCUCACGUUCACUCUGUCAACUCAGUAAUCCCUUCACAAGAAAUCCAGCAACUGGUUGAAGAAGCUCUGGAUGAAGACACGCUGAAGCAGCAACUGAUGGACAUUCAUGUUGUGAUUUUGCAUAAAGAGGAAGAAACUGGACUCGGCUUCAGUAUUGCCGGAGGUUCUGACCUGGAACACAAGGCGCCCACAGUCCACAGAGUAUUUCCUGGUGGCCUAGCGGAUCAGGAAGGAACCAUUCAAAAAGGAGAUGAAGUGCUGUCCAUAAAUGGACAAACACUUCAUGGGGUUCCCCACGCAGAUGCCACAGCCGCUCUGCGUCACGCCCGUGCCCUCACACUGGCAGUGGUGGUCAUCCGCAAGAGAACUGCUCACGAUGGCAGUCAGGUCGAGCCACAGAUGGAACAGCAGGGGCCAGCAGUGUGUGUGGAGCUGGAGAAAGGCCCUGGAGGGGUUGGAUUUAUUCUGGAGGGAGGAAAAGGCUCGAUUCAUGGAGACAGACCAUUAGUGAUCAGCAGGAUUUUUGAAGGUGGUGCAGCAGAGCAGUGCGGUCGCAGUGUAGACAAACUGCUCCAGGUUCAAGGCAUCAGUCUGCUGGACAUGAGCCGCUUUGAGGCCUGGAACCUCAUCAGAGGCCUGCCUGAAGGAUCCAUCACCAUGAAGAUCAGCAGGAACCAGGCGGAUGGUGGCAGCCUGGAAAAAGUCGUGAUGCGGAAGAGCCAGCAUCAACACCAGCUGUUCAUCUGUCAGAAUAAAGGAGUUCAGUCAGUGGGAAAUGCCAUGUGUUCAGCCCUGUUUCAGGACAGCUGGCUGUAAAAGUGAUGAAUUAGAAGUUUCAUCUGACACGUGAUGAUCGAACAAUCCAUGAUUUCAGCCCAUCAAUGUGACAUUUCUCAGUCUGACAGAAUUUCACAGUUAGUGCUUUAUUGAUCUGAAGUAAUAAAAACAUUAAAAUG